AAUAGAUAAAUUAUAGGGAUCUCCAAAAUUGAUAAGCCGUUUAAAAAAUCAAUGUCGUGUCACCAAUAAUCUUAGUUAUAUAAACUACGUUUAACAGUACUCUUCUCUACUCUAGCAUCAUGAUUUGUGUGGCGACCAUUCCUCUAUUUGGUCUGCUGUUGUCCAGUUGUUUCGCUGACUUCAAUGUGAGCGAGUACAUAUACUGGAAGAAAGCAGACAUUUCCGCAUGGGACCAGUACUUUCCGAGCCGCGCUCUACAGACCGAGCUUCUGACCAAUCAGGCCGCCGUAGCCGCAGUCAACAGCCUGUUUUCCAGCCUUAACAGCAGUCUCGAGAAGGUGGUGGUGUUCCAGGCCCAGGAACUACGGACAGCACAGCUACUGAUGAACGGCACUGAGGCUCAGGGAUGUGUCAAUGGCAUAGCUUCGUUCAUGCCGGAUGCUAUCAGCCAGGAAGUAUUGACGUACAAUGACUGCUCGGCGGAUGCUCUCCCUUCCCUACUCCGAAUGUACUACGCCUGGGCAAAGCAGAGGAAAAGUUACAAGGCAGCGUAUCAGCGCGCUCUGACCGGCAUCGACGUGUGUGCCAAGACCUACCCCAACAGUGACGCUGUGGACCGACUGAAGGCGUGUGUGGAGGCCCUGAGUACCGAUUACUUCCAGACCGCCAACGCCACAAUUCAGAGCCUCGACCCUAGCCCAGCCAUGAGCUACUUCAAACAGGUGGUCGUGGAGUGCGCCAGCCUGUCCUGUGGUGUGGUUGUCGAGAAGGGCUCUCUGUUCCUAAAGAUGCUGCUGGAAUGCUCUGCCCUAGACCCCAACAUAGACCCUACACUCUACGCACAGGAGCUGGAUUCAUGGAAAGGCUACAAUGAUACUCUAGCCUCUCAAAUCUUAGAGGCUCAGACAACAGACCGGAACAAGGUGCGUGACUUGGAAGCCGAGAUGAUAAGCUACUACCAGCUGCAAAGGUCGGCACUGGAGAAGUACGUUGUAGAGUCCCGAGGGUUCGACUUCUACCUGGACAAGGUACACGGUUACCUGAGUGGCUACUACAGCACAUUGGUGGAGACUGCUGCAGACAACCCAGGAGACCCAGAUUGUGUUGCAGACGCAUCAGUAGCUCUCGAUGUCAUCGCCAAUAUAAGUGCCUAUAACUCACUUACAUGUGAUAUUGCAAUUGUGAGCAACACGACAAACUUGAUUUCGGCAGUUAACAAUGACUUCUCAUAUCUCAACGCUCAACUUCCUAUCAUCGGAAAUGCUGCAAUCAUCAAAUGCUUCCUACAGGGGUAUAUUUUUGCUCCGAACACAAUAAUAGAUUGCUUUAAUCUACUUUUUACUGAUUUCGACCUUAAAUACGACGAUUACCAGGCAGAUAUUGUCAAAGAUGUUGCUGUUUUAGAAAGUUAUGAGACCUCAUUCUUCAACGGUUCAGACUUUCCUUGUGGUAGCUCAAGCCUCAAACGAACAUUCUUAGCAGCUGAUAAUGUUCUUUACCACCUCCAACGUUGUCUAUAUAUCACAUCAGGAACUACAUACGAUGUAACUACUCCUUCCUCUAUCACCACAGCUGAAACUACUACUCAAAAUACGUAUCCAAAGACCUCGACAUCUAGGAUAACUACUGCUGAAACCACUCCCGUUGUAACUACUCCUGCAGUUGAAACUACUCCAGUCGUAACUACUCCUGAAGCCGGAACAACUCCACCCGUAACUACUCCUGCUGCUGGCACUACUCCACCUGUAACUACUCCUGCUGCUGGGACUACCCCACCUAUAACUACUCCUGCUGCUGGGACUACCCCACCUGCAUCUACUCCUGCUGCUGGGACUACCCCACCUGCAUCUACUCCUGCUGCUGGGUCUACCCCACCUGCAUCUACUCCUGCUAAUGGGACUACCCCAGCUGCAACCACUCCUGCAGCCGGAUCAAGUCCAGGCGUAACUACUCUUCCACCUGCUAUAAAUAAAAGAGGUAGACGGUUAACACAGUAACAAUUGCAUUACAUAAGCUAUAAAGUCAAAUGUCAAGGAGUAGAUUUUAUACAACCCAAUAUGUCGUAGAUUAUUAAAUAUUUAUCAAAUAUCAAUAUUAUAUGAAUAUCUUAAGAACCUGAAUCCUGAAAUAUUUUACAGUUAUUUAUACCCAAUAUGUUUUCUAUUGAUUUACAAUAUAUGUCACCACUUUAAAAUUUCCUUCUAAAUGAAUAUAGUAAGAUCAUAUAACCAAAAAAAUAUUUACGAUCAUAAUUAUAUUAGUACUGUACUUGAGUUUUUGCAUUAGUUAAAGCCAUAAAGCAAUAAUAUAAUACUUCAUGGUGCUCUUAACAUUUAAAAGUUUCUAAAAUAUAAAGCUGUGCAAUUUUGAAAAUGUGAAAACUCUAUGCUUUAAUGGUAAUCUAUAAACCAAUUUUGGUUAUUAGUAUUGUCCUUUUUAAAACAAUACAUUUAUUUCUUAUACUUAUA